AUGGAGAAAUCAGCUGAGAUCUAUGUGCUUUCAGCGGGCAAGAGGAAAGCCACUGCAAUAUAUCCUGGGGGACCAGCCCUUUGGAGAAUUGGAAAUCUUAUGCAGAAAAGGGGUUUUGAUCCCACGGCCAGACCCUUACAUAUACUGGAUCUUUGUACUGGUUCUGGCUGCAUAUCUCUUCUAUUGCAUGCGCUUCUUGCCCCACAUGUCAAAGAUUUGACUAUCGUUGGCAUUGAUCUCAGUUCCAGAGCUAUCAGACUAGCUCAAAAAAACCUGGAGCACAAUCUCAGACGCGGUUUACUGUCCAGUCGCGCUAGAAGUGAAGUUCUGUUCAGACAAGCAGAUAUACUGGGCCUUCAGGAGAUACACUGUCCCAAGCUGGAGGAUGUUCUAAGUGACCAGUUAUUAUUAGGACACCUCAAUGGAAGUGGAUCCUCGAUUCCGAGUUCAAGUCUUUGUUGGGAUGUUCUCAUCUCUAACCCGCCAUACAUAUCUCCUUCCAGCUUCAAGAAUGGGACAACUGCACGCAGUGUCCGUGUCUAUGAACCAACCCUAGCCCUUGUCCCCCCUUUAUCUGCUCUCUCAAAUUUGUCAAGGUUAAAUGUCGGGAACAUAAGGCAAGAAGAUGCCUUUUACCCGCAGCUACUUUCUCUGACAUUCAGGUUGGGGACAAGACUUGCUAUUUUCGAGUGCGGAAGCCUAGCACAGGCUCAACGUGUGGUAUGUAUGGCCCAAACUUUGGCAAGGCAGGUGGAACAUUGUAGGGAUUUUGCUAUCGAUAUUUGGCAACCAUGCAUUCAGGAUGACAAUGAUCUUAGUGGCGCGCGAGCUGUUAUCUUGAGAAGGGUGCAAUUAUAA